UUCUGAGCCCAGACAGGAGGGGAUCACUGCGGCUGCAGGAGAGGAUCACUGCGGCUGGGACAGGACUGGGAAGUGUUUGUUGCAUGAGAGAUGGAUGCCCUAUUUAGUAGAAAUAAAGAAGAACAUCCAGAGCCCAUAAAAGCUGAGGUGCAAGGUCAGUUGCCCACUUGGCUGCAAGGGAUACUUCUCAGAAAUGGCCCUGGGAUGCACACAGUAGGGGACACUCAGUAUAACCACUGGUUUGAUGGCUUGGCUCUGCUACAUAGCUUUACAUUUAAAAAUGGUGAAGUGUACUACAGAAGUAAGUAUCUCCGAAGUGAUACCUACAACUGCAAUGUUGAAGCAAACCGAAUCGUGGUGUCUGAGUUUGGAACUAUGGCUUAUCCAGAUCCAUGCAAAAACAUAUUUGCCAAGGCAUUCACUUAUUUGUCUCACACCAUUCCUGAGUUCACAGACAACUGCCUGAUCAACAUUAUGAAAACUGGGGAUGAUUUUUAUGCUACCAGUGAGACCAACUUCAUCAGGAAAAUUAAUCCACAGACUCUGGAGACAUUAGAGAAGGUUGACUACACCAAAUAUGUAGCUGUAAAUUUGGCAACUUCUCACCCGCACUAUGACAGUGCUGGAAAUACUCUCAACAUGGGUACUUCAAUAGUUGAUAAAGGGAAGACAAAAUACAUUCUAUUUAAGAUUCCUUCCUCUGUGCCAGAAACAGAAAAGAAGAAAUCUUGUUUUAAACAUAUGGAAGUGAUGUGCUCCAUCCCAUCUCGCUCUCUGCUGCACCCAAGCUACUACCAUAGCUUUGGAAUCUCAGAAAAUUACAUUAUCUUCGUAGAGCAGCCAUUCAAACUGGAUAUUGUCAAACUGGCAACUGCUUACAUCCGAGGUGUCAACUGGGCUUCCUGCCUUUCCUAUCAUAAGGAUGAGAAGACUUGGCUUCACUUUGUAGACAAGAGGACUAAAAAAGAAGUAUCCACCAAGUUUUAUACUGAUGCCAUGGUGCUGUUUCACCACAUAAACGCUUAUGAAGAAGAUGGCCACAUUAUUUUUGAUAUUAUAACCUAUGCAGACAAUAGCCUGUAUGAAAUGUUCUAUUUAAAAAACAUGGGUAAAUACUUUGAAGAGAACAACAGGCUGACCUCCACACCAACCAGCAAACGCUUUGUUAUUCCUCUGCAGUAUGACAAGGAUGCCGAAGUGGGUUCUAAUUUAGUCACACUUCCAUCUACUGCAACUGCUGUGAAAGAGAAAGAUGGCAGCAUCUAUUGCCAACCUGAAAUACUGUGUGAAGGGAUAGAACUGCCUCGGAUCAACUAUGCCUAUAAUGGCAAAAAAUACAAUUACGUCUUUGCGACAGAAGUCCAGUGGAACCCAGUUCCUGCAAAGAUUGUAAAAUUUAAUAUCCAGACAAAGGAAAUGCUCCAAUGGGCAGAGGACAGCUGCUGGCCAUCCGAGCCCAUUUUUGUUCCCAGCCCUGAUGCAACAGAAGAGGAUGAUGGCGUUGUCCUGACCUGUGUUGUGACAUCUGAUACAAAGAAAGCACCCUUUCUACUUGUCUUGGAUGCUAAAACAUUUCAAGAAUUGGGCCGAGCCACCGUAGAUGUAGAAAUGCAUCUGGACCUGCACGGAAUGUUUAUACCAGAGAAAGACCUGAAGGCUGAGACUGAGUAACAUGAUAUUUCUCCUGUUGCACAGUGAGACAACCUUCUGAAUGUGACAAGAAAUUACUAAAUAUAACCUCAUCAAUGACUACCUAGAAUCUCUUCUAAGAGCAAUGACUUUUAUUACAAAUAGCUAUAUACACAGCUGUACACAACUGUUCCAAAAGAUGGAUGAUCAGUAUUAAGUGUUAAUGUUGGAUACAACUUGUGUGGCAGGGAAUAGAAGACAAACGUAACAAGAAAUGUUUUAGAGGAGAACAUUGCUUUCAGAGCAAAUGAAUUAUGUGUGGGAUGAUGCAUGAUGUGAGUCACUUAUAUCUGCAGAUCAUAUAACUUUCAUGGACUGUUUGAAGACUUGCAGCUCACCACAUAAGUUGUUUCCCACCAGAAAACCUCACGUUAAACUAUCUGCUACGAUACUGAUAAUUCAUGGUAAUGCAUUCUCUUGGUGCUAGAUUUUUUUAAACCCCACUAUAACCAAAGUGUUACAUUGAGGUGCUAAACUUUCUAAUUUAGAACCUAAAAAAACUGCUUUGCUAAUAAUUUCAUAGUGUAUUUUUCCCUUUUAUGUUGACAAAAGCAAGUAAGUUGAAAUAGAAUGUAUGUAGUAUUUUAUGUAGAAUUCAAUUAUACUUUAGUGCUAUUUAGUCUUAAGCAUUUUGUACUUAACAUCAGUUUUCCCUGAGGAGAAUAUUUGAUAAGACAUUUCAUGUAAUAGAUGAUCACAUUGUGUAAAAAGAUAACCAGAAAUGUAGUUAUUUGCUACUAGUGCAAGUUAGUUAAUUACGGUGUGCAUAUGAAUGAGAGUAUAUUUCCAGCAGAACUCAGAUACACGUUCAACAAACUGUUCAGAUAAAAGAGUGAAGCACCUAAUUUAGACCUUAUCUGAACUCCCCUGUAGCUGAAACUACAAGCUAUUAUUGCUAUAGCUUGUCUAUAGGUAUUUAUUGUCUGCUUAGGAGCAUCCAUGUUCUGACAUGGGUUUCCCAUUGCCUGUAACAGAUGCUUCCCAAUAAAAGCAUACAAUUCUCAUUCAUAGUCACAAUUAAAAAGCAUAUUUCCAUAUAGAGUUCAAAUGCCAAAUAUACUGUGAGUGGUGGUUGUUAUAGGAAUGGCAUUUCCUAAUCCCCAGAGUGUACUUCUGAUUUAGGGUAUUGUUUUUUCUUUAAACGAGAGCUUUUUUACCUUGAAUUGUAUUUUCCUGUUGUAGUUACCUUUACUGUUGGAGGCAUCUUUACUGAUGGAGAAAACUAAGUGUACAUCCAUCCAGUUCAGGUGUUCAGCUGGUCUGUACAUAUCACCACACUACUCAGGUAUCUCACUCUUUUAUAUACUCACUCUCAGAGUGUCCCUGCUGCUUGCUGUGUUUUACAGGUAGGAAACUGAAAGAAGCCAUUGUCAUUGACUGUCUCCUCACCACAUGAGUAUCAGGGCUUUGAUGACUUGUUCAUGGUUACAUAAGAUGUUUAUGGCAGAGCAGGAAUUGAACCAACAUCAUCCACAGUUCUUGUUUACACUGUAACAGCUGCACCUCCCUUCCUCUGCUUAAGCCUUUACAUUUUGCAAGUAUAAAGAAUAUACAGGCUAUUUUUAAUGUUGGAAAUGUCACUGGUGAGAUGUAGAGUGAAAAUACGCAUUUUGAGCCAUUCCAAUGUUUAUAUAUUCCAUUAAAAGGAAACAAACACUUCAGUGAGGUGUGUCUGCAGAAAUGGUCAUCUUCACUGUUUUCAAGACAUAUUACCACUGCAUUUAAGAGAACUAUGUCUUCUAAAGAAGAAAUUCAAUUCCAUUUUUUGUAAGUACUGUGGAACCAGUGCUAGAAGACUGACUUCUGAUGCUGGCACGGGACUGCAGCUGUGGGGAUGUUUCUUUUAAACUGAAAAAAGUUUGGGUUUAACAAGUCUCUUCAAAUAUUUCUGGAAUUACAAGAUGGUAACGAAUCAAAGGUGUAACCAUUAUUCUAGAUCUCCCUUUCAGAGCUUGUCUCCAGAAUUUCUUCUGUAGAAUUCAUAGUAUUAUGUUUCUGGAUGAUCAUGAGUUGGGAUACAGGGGUUACUUGACUUCUGAGCAGCUAAUUCUUCUUGGCAGAGAUGACAUGAUGGGGGAAUAUUCAUCAUAAUCCAGAUGUGUUAUCUGCAGUGCAAGAAAGCAAAU